CUGAUCAGUUCAUCCUGGAUACAUUUAUUAGAUUAAAAAUGAAGACAGCUGUGAAGUUCUCCAGCACUGGCAACAACAUCGUCCCUGCACUCCUCAUUAUUUUGACUGUUUGCUGCCCAGUGAAACUGUCCCGGACAUCAGACUCUGGAUAUAAACUGGACAUGGCAAAAGAUUCUGUCGAUGAUCAAUUCAAAGGCUGCGAGAAUAAAAUGUUCCAGCUGAUUAAAGACAAGAUUCUACCUAAAGAAUUCAAAUUUGAUGUAAAUUUUACUACAACUUGGAACAAAUACAAGAACAUUCAGAAUUAUUUUAAAAGGAUAAUAAAAGUCUACACAUCUCCUACUGGGUCUUAUUCAAAGCUCAAUGAUGCUGUGAGCUCAGGAAGGCCAAAAUAUAAAACACAUUUCAAUUAUAAAGCCUACCAUUUCUUGCUAACACGCGCCAUACAAACAUAUCAAUUAAAAAAAUGCACUGAUGUUUAUCGUAAGACCCCCACUACUUUUGAUUUAGCUGUUCGUGCUCAGGAAAUGCGAUUCGGCAGGUUUACCUCAACUUCGCUUAAAAAUAAUUUUCCUGGAUUUGGUAACGCCACCUGUUUCAAGAUUAAGACCUGCUUUGGUGCAGACAUAUCCAGUAUGUCUUCUGUGCCUUAUGAGAAAGAGGUGCUAAUCCCACCUUAUGAAAAAUUCAAAAUAAAAAAAAUUCAGAAAAACAAGAACAAAUGUAAUGUCUGUUACACGCUAGAGAGCGCUGGCAGAUUUAGUAAUAUGAACUGUGUGCUGCAACCCAAUUCACACCUGUAAGUAAAUCCACAUUUCCUCAGUGCUUGGUGAAGUGACUUUAAAUGUCAGAAAUAUUUAUCAAAUUUCUAUCAGCUAUUUGAUAUUUUGUGUCAACAACUUUUUAAAUGCAUUUGUCCAUCACAGUUUCAGCUUUUCUGCUGUAAACUUCAGCAUACUCAUCCUCAUUUUAUUGUCAAUAUUCGUCCUUUCUGUAUCCCAUAGUUGAAUUUUCUUACAUUUCUUUUUCUUAAAAAAAUCAUUUUCCAGAUUUAGUUGAAUUCUAUGACUGCUGGCAAUUUGACAGAUCGCAGGUAUCAACCUGAGCUAGUUUGGAUGUAGCAUGCUGUAUUUUGAAUUGAUUUCUCAUCAGACAAUUUGUUCAUCAAACAUGGCUGCCUUGGACCCCAUCUCUAUUAUAAUAAUGCUGUAAAUAAAAAGGUAAAAAGAAAGAAGCUAACAAUGUCU